AUGAAAUGCAUAAUACCUAUUACCUGGCCUCGCCUUUGUCAAAGUACUUCUAAUUGUUGUCAUUGUUAAUACUUAAUAAUUAAACACUUUAUAAUUUUUAAAAUAUCGCAUAACAAUAAUACUUUAUACUGCUACUUAAACGAAUCGACACAACAAAAUUUAUAAGAACAACUACGAAUCCGUGUUGCUGAUCCAGCAUAUUUUCUGCACUGGUGCUAUCGCGACAAUCUCGUUUUCGAGUAACUGUCAACUGACAAUUGGCCACGGGGACUUUUUAAGUACCUUUAAGGGAUUUCUAUUAUUGUGAUACUCAACAUGGGAUCCUUCCUGUUGUCGUCUUCAUUUGACGCUGAUGUUGAAAAGGCAACAAGUGGUACUAGUACAACUGAAGAUUGGGCUUUAAUAAUGGAAAUAUGUGAUAAAGUGGGAGCCUCGUCAGUUAAUUCCAAAGAUUGUUUUAAGUCGAUAAUAAAAAGACUUUAUAACCAAGACCCACAUGUUGUACUCCAAGCCAUUACACUUUUUGAUGCAUGCGUUAACAAUUGUGGAAAGAAUUUUCUACUCGAAGUGGCUUCGCGACAUUUUGAACAGGAAUACCGCAAAUUAUUAGCUAAAAAUUUACCUCAAAAAGUGGCAGAUAGAUUAAAAUUAUUAUUAAAAAAAUGGGCAGAAAAUGAAUUCAAAAAUGAUCCACAGUUGAAUCUUAUACCAUCUUUAUAUACUAAAUUAAAACUUGAAGGUGUGGACUUUUCAUUGUCUUCAGAUGUAAACCAUUCCAAAAGUGCUAAAUCGAAAGAUUUGGUAUCAUUGCAAGAAGUAGAUGAUAUAGCUAAAGCUAUUGAACUUAGUUUACUGGAAAAUGAACGUUCUGCACAGAAAAAACCUACAGGUGAAACAGAUCGGAGAGCAUAUUUAAAAAAAGUAAAAGCUCUGUAUGAUUUUGAAGCAGCCGAGGACAAUGAACUGUCGUUUUCUGCUGGAGACAUAAUCUACGUUCUUGAUUCUUCUGAUCCUAAUUGGUGGAAAGGAUUUACUGACAAACAUCCUGAAGGUCUUUUUCCAGCAAAUUUUGUAACCACAGAUUUAUCGAAUCCGAAGGACACGGCUGAGGAAGUCAAUACAAAGAAAUCAAAAGUCAAGCAUUCUGCUGAAGAUUAUAAGUCUGUAGAAAUUGAUGAAAAUAAAAUUGACUGUUUGCUUCAGCUAUUACGCGAAGCAAACCCAGAAGAUGACAGUACAGAUACUGAAGAAAUGUCCAUAUUGGAAGCACAAGCAAAUGCCAUGGGGCCAAUGAUAGAAGCACAACUUGAACAGCUUGACAAAAAACAUUCUCAACUCACUCAGUUGUGUACAGAACUCUUAGAAGCUGUAAAAUUGUAUAAUAUAUUUAUGAAAGACCCAGUGGCUGGCUAUGCACCCAAACCACAAACUGAACCUAUACAACCUCCCACAAUGUCACCACAGCAUAUGAUGCACCCUCAGCACAUGCAAAUGUAUAAUGGUAUGAUGGCCAACUAUGCACCCUUGCCAGUUGAACAUUAUAUGCCUGGAUCACAGUAUCCAGUUAAUCCCACUCACAUGAUGCCCAGACCAAACAUUGGAGGUCAGAUGCACGAACAGCCAUCAUAUCAAAUGCCUAACAUGCAGAACAUUCCUAAUUACAAUCAAGUAUAUGGUCCAGGUCACAGUGUACCAUCCGAAUCUUUACCACAAGUCAUGAAUUAUGUACCCCAACCCCAACCACCUUCACAACAGUAAUCUAAAUUAUUUUUGUACAAAUAUUAUUGAGCCUCGCUUUUGCAUUUUACUUUAGUAGCAUACAACAAAAAAAAACACAUUAAGUACACAAAUAAAGUAUAAUACAAUUGCUCAUUGUUAUAAUUUUUUUUCUUUUAUAUAUUUUAUAUAAUAUUUAUAAUACUUAAAAAGAACAAUGGUUCACAAAUAUACUAUAUACAUUGUAUCUUUUAUUUUAUGUAGGUAAUUUAAUAUUGAAACAACAAAAUAUAUAUAUAUACUAUUAUUUAAAGGCCAACAA